CAAGGAAUAGCUACGCUGGUACCGAUCUUUUAACCACGCGGGUUUUUUUUUAAUUACUACUCUACUCCGUACGUAAUGUGUAUAUAAGGUGCAGCAACGACCCACGCGGUCACAUGUAUACAAAAUUCAGGACAGGCGACAUUUAAUCAAGAAAGAUAGAGAAGGAUAUUUAAUUGUUAGUCACGAGGUGGGGUAAAAGAUGUCGAAUUUUGGAUUAUUUGUUUUCAUUGUGUUUUCAACACACAUCAUAUACUGUCUCCCUGGGAAGACCAUGCAUUCUGAUGGAAGACGUGUUUGCAGAUACCACGGUGGUAAAAUAGAAAUGGUACCUACCCGGCAGUCUUAUAGAAGACCAUUUUACGACAAAAAGAUGUGCUCGAAUGACAGUAGUACUUGCAUCAACUCCACAAGGGUUUACAUGCGGAUAGUGUAUCGGACGGUGUUUUACAAACGCGUGGUACAAGGGGAGCACAAACGGUGUUGUCCGGGAUGGACGAAGAAAACACCAAGAGACAUGGCUUGUUUGGCGCCAAUAUGCAGACACGGCUGCAAGAAUGGUGGGAUCUGCGUGGGGCCAAACAAAUGUGAAUGUCCGCCAUAUUACACAGGCCGUCAAUGUCAACACGACUUGGAUGAAUGUUUAACUGGACGAAGUAGCUGCCAGCAGAUUUGUAAAAAUACCAUUGGUGGAUAUGAAUGUGGCUGCUUUCACGGGUUUAAAUCAGUUGAUAAAUACAAGUGCGAGUUUUGUCCUUUAUGCAUACAACCUUUAGAAGAUAUGAUGAACAAAGUCAAUUACAUGCAAGGUCGACUUAACGAAGUAGAGAAAGAGAAAGAAGAGAUGCGCGGAAACUUUUCGGUUCUGGAGAGGUAUUAUAAUGACGCUAUGUCCCAAGUAGAGGAAUUAAAAUCCGCUUCGUCACACACAACACCACCAGCACUGGCCACUACCACAGAAGACCCGUAUGACUUCGACAUCAUUUCCUCUCUCAGUGAUCAGAUUUCCCAGCUAGAAGAGAGACUUGGGUCAUGUGACUGUGGGAACAGAGGUCAAAGGGGAAGACACAGAUAUGACAGACGUUGGUCAGGAUGAAACAAUAACUUACAUAAUGUAAAUUCAGAAUCCCCCACUUUGUGUUAUAACACCCAAAUGAACAAUGUUUACAUGCAGUCCAAUACAUGUCUGAAUGCCACAAAUCAGCAUAGGAUACUGCAUUGACGUGAAGAAUACAGUAACACUUGGAGAAAACGUUUUAAAAUAAGCAAUGUUUGCUGUUUAGAUCAAUUAUGUAUGUGUUAUGUGCAAUAUAUAAUUAUGUAAAUAAAAUCCAUGAUAUGUUUCAAAAUUUUGAAUCCAAGGGCAA